AUGUUAAUUUAUCGAACUCUUUUCACACAACAGAGAAGUGUCAAAUACUAUAUCACUUUUGGCUGGUGUUUCCCGCUAACAUUCCUGGUUCCUUGGGUGCUAGUCCGUGUGUAUUAUGACAACACAUUAUGCUGGAGCAUCAACAGAAAGUUGAAAUAUGUAUGGAUAACACGUGGCCCAAUAACAGCAACUAUAUUGAUUAAUUUCUUAUUCUUCUUGGAUAAUCUUCGGGUGUUGCUUCAGCGUACUCAGGCCCGUGGAAACCGUCGAACAUACAGCUCUUUUCAGGGCUUAAUACUGGCAUUGCUAUUUUGUUUUCUCCAUGAAGAGGUACAUGCCAAUAUUAAACGUGCAUUUAAUCGUUAUGUGAUGAGACAACGUAAUACAAUGAGCUUGCGCUCCAGUAUCAGUCAACGUCAGAAUUCACUCCACACUCAGAAUACACAGUACCAAAAUUCAGAGAUUGAGGAUGUGAUACAACUGCAUUUGAUCCAUGCCAACAAACUGUACAGUGAGAGAGAAGGUAAAGUUUGUAACAAAGCUACUAACAAUGGAAGUAAGGCAAACAUGAAUAGUUGUACUAGCUUUACUUCUAACAUUGUUGCUUUGACUCAUACAUGCAACUGCAGAUUCAGUGACCAGCAGCAGCAGCAGCAGCAGCCAAUAGAAAGGCAGAAGACACAAAUCUCAUAUUUGAGAAAUAUCAGCAUGCAAUAA